GGAUGACAAAUAAAUUGCAUGAAAUUAUUUUAUUUCAUUUGUAACAUAAUAUAGACAUAACAUAGUCUUAUUUUUCAGAUAUAGAUAAUGAGGUUCAAUUUAAUAAUGAAGUGUAAAAUUUAAAACAAAAAUAUUUGUAAAGCGGUUUUACGUCAAUUCUGGGAGCAAGAAGAGUUAAAGGAAAAUGUGUAAGGGAGUAAAUAAUGUGAAUUGGGAAACCGAGACCCUCAUGGGUUCUACGACGCCCGUAUCUAAUUGGGAGCGUUUUAUCCCAAGAGCAGCUCUAUCUCAUAUUGGGCUAUUCGUUGCUCUUAUGUUAUAUACAGCUGGAGGUGGAUUGGUCUUUCGAGCGCUUGAAUAUCCAGCCGAACUGGCGAAGCAAGAAAUUCUUAGAGAUCGUAUCUUAACGGAAAGAUGGAAUCUCAUUAGAGUAGUAGCCGAUUACAAUAUGAAUGGGACUGAAGUCAUAAGCUUAGAAAAAGUUUUAAGUGACCAACUCGCCGUGUACGAGAAAGUACUAGAGGACGCAUCUGGCAGUGGUAUUGCUUUGGAAAUAGAAAGAAAUUUUCCUCCACUUGAAGAAAAAUGGAGUAUAUUACAAGCCGUGUUCUUUUCAUCAACUGUACUCACCACAAUAGGAUACGGUAAUAUUGUACCAGAAACAUUCUGGGGAAGACUAUUCUGCAUUGCAUACGCACUCAUUGGAAUUCCACUAACGCUCACAGUGAUCGCUGAUCUCGGAAGAGUAUUUGCAACAGUUGUGUCUAUUGUAGCCAAACACUUGCCUACAAUGCCGAAAUGGUGUAAUCGACUAUCAGAAACAAAUCCGGCGGGUCAAAGAUCUUUGUACGCGUUUUGGGCCGUGUGCUUCCUAUUCGUAUAUUUAUCAGCUGGAGCGGGACUCUUUAAAAUGUGGGAAGAUGAUUGGACAUUCUAUGAUGGAUUUUAUUUUUGUUUCAUUACUAUGACUACCAUUGGAUUUGGUGAUCUAGUUCCAAAAAGACCGAAGUAUAUGUUGUUAUGUACUCUAUACAUUUUGAUAGGCUUGGCACUUACAUCUACAAUUAUCGAGUUAGUUAGAAGGCAAUACGCUAGGUCUUGGCAACAACUACGAGCUCUCUCAGGACCAUUGGCAGACACAUUAAGAAGACUUGGCGACGCCGGGCGAGGAGUCGACGUGUCUGCGUUCCAUAAUGAUCUCAGAAAGGUCUUAACUGUCGUCACCAUGCCCAGAUUUAGCGGACGUGACGCCCUCGGUGAGAAACGUCAACUGGAGUGGGAAGCGGCCGUCGAGGCUGUAAUUAGAGACAUCACAAGCCCCGUGACCAGUCAACCAAAACCACCUAUAGUCCAAAUUGUAAUAUACGAAUCAUCAGUGUAAUGUUUAGGCAUAUUGUAGAAAUACUUCUAUACAAUUUAAUUUUUCACCUUAAGCUUCAAUUACAAUUAAAAAAAAAUCGAUAAUGUUCAAUCGCCUCAAAUUUGGCGAUGAUGCAUCGCUAUCUCUGAUGUAAUAGUUAUAAAUUAACUACUUACAAAGCACGGAAACUGCGCCGUAAAUAUGUUUGAUAGCUUUUUUACAAUGAAGCGCACACAUGAAUACAACAUUUGUUACUCACUGUCAAAACUCAUACAUAAUAAAUGGUUCAUCUAUUUCAACUAGCAGUUAUUUUACAAAUAUUUAAAAUAUUCCUAGUAAAAUAGCUUAAAAAUAAAAUAUUCAACGGAAAUACUGAAUUGUCUAAAUAUGUUGUAUCCGAAUAUUAGAAAUAAAAAAUAUAGGUCAGGCUAGAAAUACAUUGUUUAAAUUUAGUAUUAUUAAGCUAAUUAGUAUUAUUGUGACGAGCUGCUACAAAUUAAAUGAUACAACAUUACGAGAUUACGCGGCAGUAGCUGUGAUUUAUAAUAACAACAUAAUUUCAUAAACUGUGACAGCUCGAAUUUGAGUAAAGCAUUGUACUAAAGAAUGCUUCCAAAUAAUUUGUUUUGUUGUAAUAUAUUUUGGGAUGAUAUUAAGC